GGACGUUCUCCGAGAGCCUUUGGUUAGGCCUCAGGUGGCGGAGACGGCAGCGGCGCGUGGCAGCCGGCUCUGGUGGAACAGCUGGGACCGCCGGUGCGCGGGUGACGCCGAGAGCUUGGGGUCGCCUCGUGCUUCCCCUCCAGCAGACCAGCUUUCGGCCACUGUUGCCCGCCACCCCCACUAGGGGAUACGAGAGUGGACCUAGGUGCCAUCAUAUGCACUCCCCCUUUACCCUGCUCCCACCCUGGAGCGAAACAUUCCAGGGAAGAAGGCACCUUCAGAACUUAACAGCACCCUCUAGUCCCCCCACGCUCCCCUCGUGAUUAUAUCGUAACAUAAGAGCUGGAUAUUCUUUACAAUUAUGGCAGACAAAUUAACAAGAAUUGCUAUUGUCAACCAUGACAAAUGUAAACCUAAGAAAUGUCGGCAGGAAUGCAAAAAGAGUUGUCCUGUGGUUCGAAUGGGAAAAUUAUGCAUAGAGGUUACACCCCAGAGCAAAAUAGCAUGGAUUUCUGAAACUCUUUGUAUUGGUUGUGGUAUUUGUAUUAAGAAAUGCCCCUUUGGCGCCUUAUCAAUUGUCAAUUUACCAAGCAACUUGGAAAAAGAAACCACACAUCGAUAUUGUGCCAAUGCCUUCAAACUUCACAGGUUGCCUAUCCCUCGUCCAGGUGAAGUUUUGGGAUUAGUUGGAACUAAUGGUAUUGGAAAGUCAACUGCUUUAAAAAUUUUAGCAGGAAAGCAAAAGCCAAACCUUGGAAAAUAUGAUGACCCUCCUGACUGGCAAGAGAUUUUGACUUAUUUCCGUGGAUCUGAAUUACAAAAUUACUUUACCAAGAUUCUAGAAGAUGACCUAAAAGCCAUUAUCAAACCUCAAUACGUAGACCAGAUUCCCAAGGCUGCAAAGGGGACAGUGGGAUCUAUCUUGGACCGAAAGGAUGAAACAAAGACACAGGCAGUUGUAUGUCAACAGCUUGAUUUAACCCACCUUAAAGAACGAAAUGUUGAAGAUCUUUCAGGAGGAGAAUUGCAGAGAUUUGCUUGUGCUGUUGUUUGCAUACAGAAAGCUGAUAUUUUCAUGUUUGAUGAGCCUUCUAGUUACCUAGAUGUCAAGCAGCGUUUAAAGGCUGCUAUUACUAUACGAUCUUUAAUAAAUCCAGAUAGAUAUAUCAUUGUGGUGGAGCAUGAUCUCAGUGUAUUAGACUAUCUCUCUGACUUCAUCUGCUGUUUAUAUGGUGUACCAAGUGCUUACGGUGUUGUCACUAUGCCUUUUAGUGUAAGAGAAGGCAUAAACAUAUUUUUGGAUGGCUAUGUUCCAACAGAAAACUUGAGAUUUAGAGAUGCAUCACUUGUUUUUAAAGUUGCCGAGACAGCAAAUGAAGAAGAAGUUAAAAAGAUGUGUAUGUAUAAAUAUCCAGGGAUGAAGAAAAAAAUGGGAGAGUUUGAGCUAGCAAUUGUAGCUGGAGAAUUUACAGAUUCCGAAAUCAUGGUUAUGCUGGGGGAAAAUGGUACGGGUAAAACAACAUUUAUCAGAAUGCUUGCUGGAAGACUUAAACCGGAUGAAGGAGGAGAAGUGCCAGUUCUAAAUGUCAGUUAUAAGCCACAGAAAAUUAGUCCCAAAUCAACUGGAAGUGUUCGCCAGUUACUACAUGAAAAGAUAAGAGAUGCUUACACUCAUCCACAAUUUGUGACUGAUGUAAUGAAGCCUCUGCAAAUUGAAAACAUCAUCGAUCAAGAGGUACAGACAUUAUCUGGUGGUGAACUGCAGCGAGUAGCUUUGGCCCUUUGCUUGGGUAAACCUGCUGAUGUCUACUUAAUUGAUGAACCAUCUGCAUAUUUGGAUUCUGAGCAAAGACUGAUGGCAGCUCGGGUUGUCAAACGUUUCAUACUCCAUGCGAAGAAGACAGCUUUUGUUGUAGAACAUGACUUCAUCAUGGCUACCUAUUUAGCAGAUCGGGUCAUUGUUUUUGAUGGCAUUCCAUCUAAGAACACAGUGGCAAACAGUCCUCAAACACUUUUGGCUGGCAUGAAUAAAUUUUUGUCUCAACUUGAAAUUACAUUUAGAAGAGAUCCGAACAACUAUAGGCCACGAAUAAAUAAACUCAAUUCAAUUAAGGAUGUAGAACAAAAGAAGAGUGGAAACUACUUUUUCUUGGAUGAUUAGAUUCCCUGAAAAUACUGAUAAGCCAUUUAUUAAAAGACACAAUUACUAUGAUUUUUGUCGUAUAAAACUUGAAUCAGGUUUUAUGCCCCACAUGUUCUGGAGCUUGAAGUAGAAUGUAUUUAAUGUAACAUCAAAAGCCAGUUGUGUUGUAAAUUGUAGUCUGAACACAGAAAAUACCACUUUUCUGUUCUUGAUGAUAAGGUCCUUUUGUGCAUAAUAUUCAAAAAUGAAGACACAUUUCAAGCUAUACAGAUUACCUCCAAGUUUUCAUGAUAUAUGGGAAGAUUUUCAGUAGGUGUAUUAUAUUCAUAUACCAAAUGCUGACCAGUGUUGCCCCAUUUUAAAAAUCUUGAAAAAAGUUUCUGUGCUUACCUGGUUUGCCAAGUAUGCCAGUAUAAUGAAACUGCCCUUAUUUUAAAAGCCAGUCGAACACUCCACUGGUGAGAUUUGAUAAAUAAACAUCAGGAUUAUAUUUAUUGUUUUCAGUCUUUGCACUAUAUUAUCAAUGUAUGGUUUCCAAGGAAGAUUACCUAUUACAAAACACUGUUGGGAAAUAGGUAUUUGUUACAUAAGAAUUGUUUUUAAUGUUUUUUGGUGCUUUCAAACAUCUUUAGCAAAAUUCAUUUCAAUUCCCUCUCCCCCCUCCCCCCCAGAAAACCUAACUUUACUCUGAAUUUUUCAGUUUUUGCCUUAUAAGAAUCUGUAUUAUGUAAUCAUUCUCUCAAGGUAAUAUCAUUUUUAUCAUACCUUUAUAUAAUCACUGAUAUCAAGAUUUAGGAAAAAGCUUUUCUAAAGCGUAUUUGCUUCCCUUGAAACUAUAGACUCACAGUCUUUAAAGAUGGUGCCUAAGCAUCUGUAUAUUUUUUAAACCUCCACAGAUUUUUCUGAUGGGCAGCCCAGGAUUGUAAACUGUAAACCACUUCCCUAAAGGCAGCAUUAAUGCAAAAAUCCCCAGAUAGCAAUACAGAAUAUCCCUUAGUACCAAAUGUAUUGUGUUCAUUUCUAAGUUUGGAUAUAAACUCAUCCAAUUGUCUUGAGUUCCUUGGUUUGAGCAGCAGGAUACCUGUACCCUGAAACUACUUUCAGUUGUACGUCUGACUAAUGCAUUGAACUGGAAUUUAACUUAAUUAUGAGUGAGGAAAGAAGGUUUAUUAAAUAAUUGGGACAAGCAAAAUAGAGGAGAAAAUUUGAAAUUAUUUGACAGACUUUUAGAGCUCCUUGAAAUAAUAGAAGCCUUGAUUAAUAUGUAAACAGUAAAUAGAAAGUAUGGUUCAACUGGAUCCCAUUAAUAAUUUAUGUGAGUAACCCAUAAAUACAUGUUGUAAAAAAUUUAAAUACACAUUAAGUAUAUGGAAUAAAAAAAAAGGUCUACCUUUAUUACCCUCCCAAAGGUUACCAGUGUUUGAACUUAAUAAUAUAUAUUCUUUCAUGCUUUUUUCUGUGCACUUAGACCUAAGUGUGAAUAUGUAAAGGAUUUAUUUAUUUACAUAUUUGUUUGUAAAGGGUAAAUGAGAUUAUACUAAAAUAAGUAGUACCUAUUUUUAAGGAUAGGUUAAAUUUGUGAAUGAUCAUUUCAAAUAUAUGGAAUAAAAGAAGACAAAGGCUAUUUUUAUUUACUGAUUCCAUAUUCUGCCCUAAAGAAAAUACUUGUGAUAUAAGACCAUACAUAGUUCUUUCUACUUUUUGCUGAUGACAGAAUAUGUGUUAAUUAUAAGGAAAUAUUUUUGUGUGUAAAUGAAAAUUUUAUAUAGGAAUAGAAAGGCCUCCAAUCGCUAACACAAGGAGAAGCUUCACCAACAAAAUCAGUAUUAUUACAUACACUAGAUGCUAGCUAUUAAAAGGAAUGAGACUGCUCAGUAUGUCUUGACUGGAAGAAGUCUCAGAUACUAAGAAAAACCAGUACAACACGAUUUAUAUAUUACCAUUUAUGUGAAAAUAUACAAAAUAUUUAAAUAUACAAAAGGAUACUCAAGAAACAAUAUCACUUUUGGGAAGGACAGCUCGGCUAAAUAAUAGGGAAGGAAAGGAGACAUUUAUAUACACACAUAGUACCUUUUGAAUUUUAUUAAUAUAUUUUACAUGUAUUAACUUUAAAAAUCACUGAUGUUUUGAAAUUGUCAUUAGAAAUAAUCCAUGUUAAUUAUGUCCGCCUAGUUUAGAGCAGUCUUAACAAAAGCAGUGAAUUCUAUUCAACUAUUUUUUUCAAUUUAAGUUAACCUUUAGACCAUAAUUAUCUUGAAGUCCAGUCCUGUAUCUGUAAUGCUUACCACUCAGUGCGUACAUAGUGGCCUACUUUAUUGAAAGAAUGAGCCAACAUGCUACAGAGAAAGAAAUAAGACUGAAAAACUACUCUGUUGUAUAAUUUCAUUCAUGUUCACCAACAGACUUAAUUCAUGAGAAGACCUUAACCCAGUGCGUGGCAUAUUGGGAGCACUCAGUGGUUCAGAGGAGAAAGUAACCAUUCUGGGUUGGAAAGAGGAAUAGCACCCAUCUCACAGUUGUUGUAAGGAUAAGUGAGAUAAUCCAUGUAAAGCAAAAUACGUGACUGGUCAGAGGCAGAAAUGAGCAUGGACAUUCAAGAGAUGAGUGGGAAGAAAAGAUGAAUGAAUACAGGCAGAUUCUGAAGAGCUUUCUGUCCCUUCAUGGAUGAAAAAAGACACAGAGCAAGGCCAGUUAGAGAAGAAUUGCCAAGAUAGCAGUGUUCAAGAGCUUAUGUUUUAACAUUUCUAUCCUUUUAUCUUUUGAAAAAUUUAUAGUCCACUUAAUUCAUGUAGGUCUAAAUUUGCUGUAUGUUUUCUCUAUUGACUUGCUCUUGGCUGAUUGUUUCCUUGUAUUUUGGGUUGUGCGUUGAUGUUCAGUGAGGCCGUAUCUGAAAAUUAGAGAUUUAAUGUGGCAAAUGCAGUUUCUUCUGAACCCUGUACUCAGCACCACCCUCCUUCCUUGCCAAUUUAUUAGGACACACAAUGUGUCCCACACACGGUGGCUGGUCAUAAUUGGUCUAAGACAAUCAUGACAGUCCUCUUCCAUGUUUUCCCAGGCUCUCUUGCAGUUAGACCAUGUGACCCAGUUCUGGCCAACAAAUUGAAAGCAAAAGUCAGCUGGGGUAUUUCUGGAAAACCCUUGCUUAAUAAAAGGAGAUACAUA